ACCGGUAGCGCGGGGAGAGGGGCGCCGUGGGCUGAGCGCUCUCGGCGAGAGGAGUCCGCUCCAUGCGUGCGGGCCGAGCCCGGCCCCUGCGAGCCGCCGACAUGAAGAAAGACGUGCGGAUCCUGCUGGUGGGAGAACCUAGAGUUGGGAAGACAUCACUGAUUAUGUCCCUGGUCAGUGAAGAAUUCCCAGAAGAGGUUCCUCCACGGGCAGAAGAAAUUACCAUUCCAGCUGAUGUUACCCCUGAGAGAGUUCCAACACACAUCGUAGAUUACUCAGAAGCAGAACAGAGUGAUGAACAGCUUCAUCAAGAGAUAUCACAGGCUAAUGUCAUCUGCAUAGUUUAUGCUGUUAACAACAAGCAUUCUAUUGAUAAGGUAACAAGUCGAUGGAUUCCUCUCAUAAAUGAAAGAACGGACAAAGACAGCAGGCUGCCUUUGAUACUGGUUGGGAACAAAUCCGAUCUGGUGGAAUACAGUAGUAUGGAGACCAUCCUUCCCAUUAUGAACCAGUACACAGAAAUAGAAACCUGUGUGGAGUGUUCAGCAAAAAACCUGAAGAAUAUAUCAGAGCUCUUUUAUUAUGCACAGAAAGCUGUUCUGCAUCCUACAGGGCCUCUGUACUGCCCAGAGGAGAAGGAGAUGAAACCAGCCUGUAUAAAAGCCCUCACCCGUAUAUUUAAAAUAUCUGAUCAAGAUAAUGAUGGCACUCUCAAUGAUGCUGAACUCAACUUCUUUCAGAGAAUUUGUUUCAACACUCCAUUAGCUCCCCAAGCUCUGGAAGAUGUCAAGAAUGUAGUCCGAAAACACAUAAGUGACGGUGUGGCUGAUAGUGGAUUGACAUUGAAAGGUUUUCUUUUUUUACACACACUUUUUAUCCAGAGAGGGAGACACGAAACUACUUGGACUGUGCUUCGACGAUUUGGUUAUGAUGAUGAUCUGGAUUUGACACCUGAAUAUUUAUUCCCCUUGCUAAAAAUACCUCCUGAUUGUACUACUGAAUUAAAUCAUCACGCAUAUUUGUUUCUCCAAAGCACCUUUGACAAGCAUGAUUUGGAUAGAGACUGUGCUCUGUCACCUGAUGAGCUUAAAGAUUUGUUUAAAGUUUUCCCUUACAUACCGUGGGGGCCAGAUGUGAAUAACACAGUUUGUACAAAUGAAAGAGGCUGGAUAACCUACCAGGGAUUUCUUUCCCAGUGGACGCUCACGACCUAUUUAGACGUCCAGCGCUGCCUGGAGUAUUUGGGCUAUCUAGGCUAUUCAAUAUUGACCGAGCAAGAGUCCCAAGCUUCAGCCAUUACAGUAACAAGAGAUAAAAAGAUAGACCUUCAGAAAAAACAGACUCAAAGAAAUGUGUUCAGAUGUAAUGUAAUUGGGAUGAAAAACUGUGGGAAGAGUGGAGUUCUUCAGGCUCUUCUUGGAAGAAACUUAAUGAGACAGAAGAAAAUUCGUGAUGAUCAUAAAUCCUACUAUGCAAUUAACACUGUUUAUGUCUACGGACAAGAGAAAUACUUGUUGUUGCAUGAUAUCUCAGAAUCGGAAUUUCUAACUGAGGCUGAGAUCAUUUGUGAUGUUGUGUGCCUGGUGUAUGACGUCAGUAACCCCAAAUCCUUUGAAUACUGUGCUAGGAUUUUUAAGCAACACUUCAUGGACAGCAGAAUACCUUGCUUAAUCGUAGCUGCAAAGUCAGACCUGCAUGAAGUUAAACAAGACUAUAGUAUUUCACCUGCUGAUUUCUGCAGGAAACACAAAAUGCCUCCACCACAAGCCUUCACUUGCAAUACUGCUGAUGCACCCAGUAAAGAUAUCUUCGUUAAAUUGACAACAAUGGCCAUGUACCCAAAGGAUCAUUACAGAGACAGACUCUCCCGAGACACGGGCAACCCUGAUAGGAUAGAGAAUUUGAGAAAAAUCUGGGUCUUUCUAAAAACUGCUUUCCAUGCCCGGUUACGCUGUAUGUGCACCUGCAACAGGUGUACAUUUUGCAUCUGUCAGAACUUCCUCAACUCAGACUUGCUGCAAUCUGUAAAGAACAAAAUCUUCACUGCAGUUCUUAACAGUUUUAGUUCUGCCCUUUAGAACAACAUACGACUAUUCUCCCUCUUCAACAUAACAAUCCUUCAGACAUUUGAAGACGGCCAUCAUGUCUCCCCUAAUUUUCUCUUCUCCAGGUAGAACAUCCCCAUUUCUUUCAGCCUUUUCUUAAAUUAGAUGGUUUAGUGACCUCGUCAGUCCUGGUUGUUCUCAUCUGAAAGCCCUUUAGGUUUCCAGAGUUCCUCUUCAAAGAGGUGCCACUGAGGAUGGAGAGCAGUGCCUCAGGUGUGACGGGGCUAGUCCAGAACAGUGGGCAGGCCUGUUCCACAGUUAAGACAGCACCUGCCCGCUGCAUGAGUUAGCUUUUUUAGCAGCCCCAUCCCAUUGUUGAUGCAUAUUAAUCUUGGGGUUAAUGGAAAUCAGAUUUUUUAAAUAUGAAGUACUGUUAAGGCAGUGUCCCCUCCUCUCUAAUUGUGUAUUUGACAUUUUUAGUUGACUCUCUGAAUCUAAACACAGAUACGUAUGUAUCUCUAUUAAAUGUCAUAUUCUUCUUUUUGAUCCAUUUGUUCUAGCUCAGUCAUUUCAAACAUUAUUUUUGUCAUUUGUCCCAUUAUAUAUCUCUCUCGGCAUUGUGUUAUUUGCAAAUUCGGUAGAUAUGUCUUAUCUUUCAAGUUACUGAUAAAAAAUAAUGUUGAAUACCCGGAGCUUGGAGAGAGAGAGAGAGAGAGAGGGCGCCGAAGCCAGCAAGCCCAAAAGUAUUCCACUGGAGAACUCUUUUGCCAGUGACACGGAUUUAAAAUUCUUGGGGAAAGACUGUUCUGUAAAUUAAAAAUAUUUUAUUAUCCAGUCUACAUUUUCUCUUAUUAUCUUACAAGAGAUUUCACGGAGGGCUUUUUUUGGAGUCAGUAUGUAACUUCCACCACAUGCCUCUGAUCUACCAAUGUAGUCAUUUUACCUGAAUAGGAAGUGACAUCUAUUUGGUGUCUUAUUCUUGUUGAACCCGCCUUAGCUCCUAAUAAUUGCUAAUCACAAACCAUCUAUUUUAUUUAUUCUGGAAGAUCUUGAGUGUCCAUAAUUGCAGAUUGAUACAUUGUCCGCACCUUUAGUGACAAUUUUAUUGUUGGGUUGAUUUAGUCAGUUUCCAGAUGAAAUAGGUUGGGUGUAUAUUAAUGGAUGAGCUUGUUUAUAGUAAAUUACUCUGUACAAUGAUCUUUGAAGAGAAAUCAGUACAUUUUGUCCUAUCUACUUACAAACUAGAAGUAACUUAAUGGUAAUGUCAGCAUACAUCACUGACAACUAGUAACCAAGAAUGGAAUAAAUGAAAAAGAUAAAGAGGAAAACCAGUGUACCUUUCAGAGAACUCCUUCCUGGUUCCUGGAAUUUUAUGGAAGUGCAGUGGACAUUUAGGGCUUCUGAACUGAAGUUUCUCCUAGUUUACAAAAGGGUGUAGGUAAGGUAGGUGGGGGUAGAGGCCCAAAACUUAAGUGCCUAAGGGUCUGGACAGGCAAUGUGAACGAACGAAGGUGACCAAGAAAAAGAAGUAACAGCCGCGGGGACUGUGACAGGCCCUGGCGAAAAGAGGCAGCCACAACCCAGCUCGGGCUGUUUGUUGUUGUCCGGGCUGGGUGUGCCAGGUCUUCUGAUUCUGUGAGACCCUAGAAAUCGGGUUUUUAUGUGAAAUUUCCUGCUGGUCAAAUAAUGGCAAUUAAAUUUGAAUCUUGGAAAGUACUAAUCAGAACAAAGCGUGCUUACAGGCCACCAGCUUGUAACGUCAGUCUUAAGCUGUGGCCAGGCAAGAAAAAGAAAAACGUACACCUGAGGAAUGAAAAUAUCUCUUUCCCUCCCCCCUCACCACAUCCUAUUCCUUUUUCACCAAGAAUCUGAACACGUGAUGGGGUCACCUUUCUCUCCCAUCUCUCAGGUCAUGGCAACCUUUGGUGGUUGGUCACAAUUGGUUCAUCGUGCUAGAUCUAUCUUAAAGUUAUAAAAGCAGAAGGAGGAUUGACUAAUUGAGUAAAAGUCAUCUAAGAGUUUUUCACUGUAGUUCCGGAGGAGUGUCACUCAACACUGAGCCUUAAGUCUUUGGUUUCAGAGAUCUGCCACAUCUCGUGUUUGGUUUAGAACUGUAAGAGAGUAGUUUUGAAAUUUUUAUUCAAGCAACAAGUUUCACUAAAUGUUCAUUAAACUCUGGUACAUACAUGUUGGUCUCAAAUUAAUGCCUUGUUUUAGUGUGCUUGUAAACAUGUUGCUUGCUGAAACAAGUCACUUCUAGAAAUAGUCCAUGUUUGAGGCCACAUUCUGCCUUCACCUGCCCCUGUCCCUGUGAUUUAUUCAAAUACUUAAAUACCUGCUUUAAACAGAAUCCUCUGCGAGCUGGGGCAAAAUAUAAAGAUGAAGAUAGGGACCUGCCUUUAAGUAAAUAUUAUGUUAUUAAAAUUUUUUCCUUAAAGUUUGGUUAUGUUUUCAGUAACCUUAGCCCCUCAUACCAUAAAAGGAAGUGCUAUGUAACCUCAUCAUGAGAGGCUUUAUUAAGCCUAACCAUUUAUAUUCAGGCUCUUCCCACAGAUUCAUUUCUGAAAUUAUCCAUUUUUUCCCUAGCUGUCUUUGGCCAGUAAAUAUUGUCUCCCCUUUUUUUGAGCUUAUUUACUGACACUGCAUUAUUUUAAAUAGAAAGUAGUAAGAAUUUUUUUUCUUUUUAACGUAAUCGAAUAUAUAUAUAUAUUUUUCAAGAUGUGAGAAAAGUGUUAAACAAACUAUGUGUCUGAUAUAUAACUUUGUUCUUUGAUAACUAUGGUCUCAGCCUUCUGACCUGGAUAGGUUUAUGUUUUUCUUUAGAAGAAUUUCUGAAUAACGGGAUUAUUUGCAUUUAAAUACAUUUGGAAGACGACUAACAUGUGGUCAGAUGAUUUUAAUCUUUGGCAGUGCUUUCAUUUCAAAUAUUGGUACUGGGAUAAAUAUACCUUCUGAUUAUAUUUUAAUUUUUAAAGACCUUUUUAACCUGAAAGUGUUAAAAUGAGUUAUGUAGGAGUGAGCUGGAUUGUUGGUUUGAACUACCCAGGAUUUUAGUUAUUACGUAUUUAUUAUUCUGACUUCAGAAGACUCCUACUUUGCAUGAGGAUGUUACUAUACUGUAGUGUGCUGUGAACUUUAAUUUGUCCUUUCUUUUAGGUGUUCAAUUUGUCUGUCUGUGUCACUUAGUCAUUUUUUGAACUUCUCUCAAUCCCUGUCCCAGCUAGAAUUCUGAAUGUAAUCCUCCCACUUCUCCCAGCUUAUAAUGUAAUCAAAAUUGUUUAUUUUAUAAUUUAUUAUUUUGGUGCAAUUUUCUUUGAUACAAUUUUGGUUUUAGGAUUCUUUCAUCCCAUUUUAUUAUUUGAAUUAGCCACAUAAAUUAUU